AUUCAUGAUUUGGUCAUACGAUACCGUCUUUUCAAUAAAAUCCCAACGGGUCAAUUCUUACACUUUUUAAUGCCAUUUCAGCUUUGUUCUUUCCUUCACCCGUAAUAGAAACCAAUUCAUUUUGAUUCGCCAGUGUUUAAUUUAGUUUGGCGGAGGAAAGAUUUUUUUAACGUGCACACGUAUAGCUCUAUCAAAUGUGUCAUAUUUUAGAGAAGACUGCCAGAUUUAAUCAUUACACGGACACAGUGUAACGUAAAUAUUUGUGAUUUACUGUUUGUAGGAUAAUCAAAGUGACUUCUCAGAAAAAAAAUCGUAAGGAAACGUGCAUUAUUUAAGUUACAAUGAGUGCUGUGAAAGUGAAACCUGUUGUGCCGAUACCAAAACGGACACAUGGAUUUUCUAUAGAUUCUAUAAUGAGCCGUGAUGAUCACGACAAAAAUUCGUCGGAGGAAGAUAGUGACCAAGGAGAUGAUCCAAGGGGACGUUCACCGGCGACGGAUGAAGAUAUUUUUUCCGUCGGAUCUCGAAUUCCACCAUUGCAUCCGUCGCUACCAGCGCACGUGCAGCAACUGUUGUUACGUGAUUCCGGCGGCAGGCCGAGUCCAGAGCAUCUGAUUGCGUUGCAGUCCCAAGCAUGGGCGUUUGGAAACCAACAAGUAGGUGCUUUUCCGGGGCUAGGGCUGAACGCUGCCGCUAUAGGAGGUAUACCCCCGCAAAUUGGACCAAGGGGUCCUCUGCAGCAUGGUUUCCCGACGCACCCAAGUGUUUUAGCAGCUGCGGCUAUGGCCGGGCGAGAUCCCCUGUCUAUGUACCCUCCGUGGAUGAUCAACAAGCACGGUCCCGGGUUACUCGGCUAUCCUUUCGGCCAUCCGGAAGCUGGUCUCUUCUUUCACCCAUACCGGAAGCCGAAACGCAUUCGGACCGCUUUCUCACCAUCCCAGCUUCUAAAGCUGGAACAUGCCUUCGAGAAGAACCAUUAUGUUGUUGGUCAAGAGAGAAAGGAGCUGGCCUCAAAACUUAGCCUCACAGAGACACAGGUAAAAGUAUGGUUCCAGAAUAGAAGAACAAAGCACAAACGAGUAAAAUCAGAUGAUGAAGGUGACGGAGAUGGUGAAGGUGAAAAUGAAGAUAUAUCAGUAGAUGAUGAUGACAUCGCUACGCCAUCUAGAAUAGAUAGAGAUAGGUUGUGAAAUGGAUGUGCACAGCUGUUAUGACCAUCGUAGCACUUGAAAUUAUCUUUUAUAGUGAAGCAGAUAAUGUCGUGAUAUGACAUGGAAAUACGUCAUGAUAGUUCUCGAGAAUGUGUACAUGCCUAAUGAAAGACAGGUUAAGAUAUAUUGCACUAUUUGAAUAAAGGAUAGAUUAUGGAUGUUCAGUGUCCAGACAUGCUUGUACAGAAAGAGGUGCCAUUGACUCAAUGGAUAUAUAGAAUACCAAAGUAAAAGUCCAUAGAACAAGAUGAUGGUGCUGGUGUAAAAUGUUCUGAAUGGUAUUGUCUUGUUAGCUGAAAAAAUGGGGGAAAAACAAAGGAACAGACAAUGGAUAUUACUUGCUUAUUAUAACGUUUGAUUUGUGACUGCAUUUACAAUAUUCAGAUGAUGAAAUAUCAAAGGAGAUAAAAUCGACAAUCGAUAUUCAGGUAUGUGUUGAUGCAAGGAGGCACGGGCAAUACCAUUUCUUUCUUUCUAUAACAUAUUGCAAAUAAUAAUGAAAUGUAAAUAUUCUAUUUCGUCGCAAACAACUAUAUAUUUUUGUUUGGUUUUGUCUCUUCUAUAUAUACUAGAUAUAUUUCACAAAUCAUUUACUCUUUAUGAGAAAAAAUACGAUUUUUAUAUUGAACUUAUAUAUAUUUGAAUAUCUUCACAGAUUCGCUUUUGUUGGAUGUGUUACACAAAUAAAAAGAAUGAGAAUAUA